ACUCAUUUCGUAAACGCCUGUUGAACACCUCGCAACUGGGAGAACGCGCACCGCACGCGCAGCGGCCCGAACAGAGAAAAAAUACUCGUAAAACCCGAAAACAAAAGAAAUCGGCGCAAUAAUGUUCGGUUAACACAACUAAGCUCCACGCAUCUGAAAAAUUUAUGAAAAUAUAUAUAUAUAUCCAAAAAAAAAAUCUAAAACGAUCAAAGACACAACAUGGUCAUGGAGAUGUCCAAGACGUAUCAGUACCGCAAGGUAAUGAAGCCCCUGUUGGAGCGUAAGCGACGGGCUCGCAUCAACAAGUGCCUAGAUGAUCUCAAGGACCUAAUGGUGGAGUGUCUGCAGCAGGAGGGCGAGCAUGUCACACGCCUGGAGAAGGCCGAUAUCCUUGAGCUGACAGUGGAUCAUAUGCGCAAGCUGAAGCAGCGUGGCGGCCUCUCACUGCAAGGACCCGGAGACGGAGACAGUCCACCGCUCGCCACCAGUUCCGCCCACGUUGAGUCUUUUCGCUCUGGAUAUGUGCACGCGGCCGAUCAGAUUACGCAAGUCCUGCUGCAGACGCAGAAAACUGAUGAGAUUGGACGCAAGAUUAUGAAAUUUCUAUCGACGCGACUAAUUGAGCUGCAAACCCAAUUGCUGACACAGCAGCAGCAACAACAGCAACCGCAAUCUGGGCCCGCCGUCGGUUUUGGAUCGGGACGAUUGGCCUUCCCGUUGCUGGGUGGCUACGGGCCGACGGCCGCCUCUGCCGCCGUUAGCUACACUGCCUAUCUGGCCGGCAAGGAUGAACUGAUCGACGUGACCUCUGUGGAUGGUACGGCGAUAUCCGAAACGGCGUCAGUGAGCUCUCAGGGGUCUGGCGCCUCGGAGCCCGUCUGGAGGCCCUGGUGAAGGCCCGACAGUCAACUCAGACGACAUCUAAUUUCGAAGAUCUUAUUAAUCGUUCGCUACACACAGCGUACAGCAACCGCAACAAGAUCCGUUGUCUUCCAAAGUAAUUUAUAGGCAAACAUAAGAUAAAUCCGAAUUGCUAAUCACUUUCGGAUUGUUUUUCAUAUAUUUUUAAGUAUAGUUCCGAUAGUUGUAUGUAGUCUGUAAAUGGAUUGUAUAAUUUAAUCAACUGUGAUAUAACUAAAGUGCAAGGAAGAAGAUCAGUUAAUUUCAUUGGAGUGCGUAACGUUUCCUGAUUGCUAAUGCUAAAAAAAGUUUCCUAACUUUGCUAAGUACAUUGCGCUUUAUUCAAAAAUGUACAGUUACCUA